GAAGAAUAGAUCAUGGCGGACAAGAAGCAAGAAGCCCGUAUUGAGUAGCCAGUGAAGAAAUUGGGGAGGUUUUCUGCAAAACUAACUUGAUAUGGCGGCUAAAAGCUGCCGAACCUUCUUUAGAUUGGCCAGCAUCCAGGUAGGCCUUUAUCAGUUAGGAAAACUAGAAAUAUCCUAAAACUCCUAAAAUAUCCUAUGUAUCUGUUGUUACUAUACUGGAGCAUGAAAACGUGUUUUUAACCUCAUAGCAGACGAUAUACUGCAUAAGUUUUACGUUAAAAGACAACAGGUAAUGACACUCGUUUUCACUUCUCUUAUAACCCCACUCAUGGGACUACCAGAGCAUUGACAAUAGUUUGUUAAUGUUUCCUUUCGAAACCAAAAUCAUAACUUUACUGGUUUGAAUGGAUAUUGAUGGUUUUAUUCUUGUAUCUUUACAGGGUGUUGGCCAUGUUGGACAAAUAGGAGUUCUAGGUGGUCAUGGUGUGUCAUGUUUUCCUGCCAUGGCGGCAACACCCCCUAUCACAAAGAUUCUUGGUGUCAGUUGUGCAUAUCAAACAAGAGAAAAACUACAGAAAAAGGCCAAAAUUAUACCGAGCCACAAAAUUGGUGUCACCAAAGGCCACGACUCACAUCACACAGGUCCUUUAUGAAAAUACAUUGCAUCAGAAAGAGAAGUUCUAGCAUUAGCACUCAGAGUGCAUAAAAUUGACAAAUUGAUAAAAAGUUUAAAAAAUAGGAAAUGUGAGUCUGUCCCAUGCAAUACUGUGAAAUUCUUUUACUUGUAUAAGACCACAAAAGUCAUUCAGAAAAGAGACACUGAUCUCUAAUGAACCAUUCUCCAAUCCCAUUCUCUAUGAUCUAAUUUUGGACCAUGUGAGUAGCCACUGAAAAUGAUACAACACCUUUUUAACCCUUUCACUCCUAAGAUCUAGUUAGUAAUUCUCCUUACUAUCUGCCAUAAAAUUCUUAUGAUGCUAGUUCAGAGAAUUUGGUAUUGGAUCAACCAAUAAUCCCAUGGUUGUCAUUCUUUUCUAUUUAAGUUAGGCAUUCAUUUUUUUUUUAAUUCUGGCAAGUUAAGCUCAACUACACUGAAUAAAAUAUUCCCUUUUUUAUUGUAAAUGCUUAGGGUGCUUGAAAUUACUCCCAUUUUAGUGCAUAAGUUAUAAAUCUAAAGCAAGAUAUCAAUGUUUUGAUGGGAGGCAUUAAAUAUUUUGUAGUUAAAUGGGAUUUAACAUAGUUAAUGAACAGGAGCAAACUGAACAGCAUUUUACAGGCAUCUCUGUCCAGCGAUAUUCCUUAUCAGUGCACGCAUUGUUUUCCCAUGUGCUUGCAUUUUGUUCCCUGCACUAUAGUGUGGCAGUGUUUUUGUUUAGGGUAGCAGUUCUCUGUGUUCCCUCCUUUCUAUUUCCAACUGCAAGGUUUCUUGACCAUAGAUUUGCUCAAUUUUCAACUGUAGGUCAAAUGAAAAUGGUUUUUUAUCAGAAAAUUGCGAUAUUUCGAAACACUAAUUUUCUUAGAAUAAAAUAUAUAUAUACACAAAUAUAUUUGAAUUGAAAGCAAGUCCAUUGUUCUUUCUUUUUUUUUUAUUUAGGAAAUUUAAAGGGAAGCUUGUGGGCAUCAGAAAGGAUGAUGGAUGACAUUAUGAUUCGCAAGUUUGUGGAAGGAGUCAUGCAUGAAUAUUUGGUUUCUGAGGUUGUCAUCAAGAGAAAGGCAAACCGCAUUAACAUUGUUUUUCUUGUGCCUCCGGUUAUGAACUUGCCAAAGUUUUACUUCCUUGUGGGAUUUACAGAGACACUACUUACGGAAAUGCUGGAAUGUAUUGUGAAAGUGGAGUGUCAGUCUACAAUGUAAAACACUUCUUUUGAAUUCAAUCUUCAAAUUUGGAGAAUCUUAAUAUGCUUUUCAUACAAAUGGGGAACAACCCCCUCUAAAACUGUAGUAGUGAUGAACUUGCAUGCUCUUUUGCAGUCUAUUGGCUUUGAAAUGUAGGAAACUCAACAUUUACUGUUGAGAACCAAAGAGACAUUUGAUAGAGUGAAUAAAAUAAAACAU